UGCGAUGAGGAGUACAGACUGGUUCGACAUCUGAUGCAGAAAUACGACGCGUCCGUUAGACCAGUCGAAAAUUCCUCACAUCCACUUUUGGUCACCUUUGGCGUCUCACUGCAUCAUAUUAUUGACGUUGAAGAGAAAGAUCAGCUACUUACAACGAACUGCUGGAUUACACAGGUGUGGAUGGACUAUCACCUGCGAUGGAAUAUCAGCGAAUUCAAUGGCAUCGACGUCAUCAGGAUACCUUACGAAAGAGUAUGGAAGCCAGACAUCAUCUUAUACAACAACGCGGACCCGAACUAUCGUUCAGCGGUGAUAAACACAAAUGUAAUAGUAAAGAAUACAGGAGAGGUGACGUGGCUAAGCCACGGUAUUUACGUGUCCGUAUGCGAUAUCAACGUGGAGCAGUUCCCGUUUGAUGUCCAACUGUGUACAAUGAAAUGGGCCUCAUGGACUUACGAUGGAUUUCAGUUAGACUUGAAGAAACAAUUCGACGAGGGCGAUACUACAAACUAUCAGACAAAUGGCGAGUUCGAUCUGGUGAGCUUCGAAGCGAUACGGCACAAUCAGUAUUACUCGUGCUGCGUUGAGCCCUACCCCGAUAUCACAUAUGUUAUCAAGUUGAGAAGAAGACCCAUGUUUUAUGUCUUCAACCUUAUCUUGCCAUGCCUACUUAUUAACGGAAUAGCUCUGCUAGUAUUCUACGUACCGUCUGAAUCAGGAGAGAAAGUCACACUUGGAAUCAGCGCUCUGUUGUCCAUGACUGUCUUCCUCAUGACUAUUCGAGACACGUUACCACCUACAGAGAAAACGCCACUCAUUAGUUUGUAUUAUGGAGUCAGUACGUGCUUAGUAUCGUUUUCGGCAUCACUCUCUGUGGUGACUCUCAAUAUAUCGUACAGAGGAGUGAGAGGGCAGCCUGUGCCGGCGGUGCUCCGGGAGCUCGUGCUGCAGCGACUCGCGCGGCUGCUCUUCAUCAACUUCGACACUGACGCACCAAAGGAUGACAACGGCACGGUGGCGACGGGUGGUGUCCAAGUCAAUCCACGCACUGGGUCCCGAUUGAAGACGGAAGUGCGCUGUGACGGUGCACCACUACCACCUGCCUCGCCACGUUUCGCACGUCACAACCACAACCAUUUAGGAGCAGUACCAGGUACUGGUGCUGGUGGUGUGGUGGUCAGUGAAAUGGGCUGCGUAUCGCCGUGUUCACGGUGUGUGUGCUGUGGGUGCACGCUGCGAGAAGCCACUGCGAGACACGAGCAACGAGUUGCCGCCAACGAACGUUUGGAGCGAGCUAACUUGGAAUGGAAACAGGUGGCUGUGGUAGCUGAUCGAGCGUUACUCGCCGUUUUCGUACUGGUCACCACAAUUGCAACGGCCGCCAUUUUAUUGCCCCAGCUGAACAACCUGCACGUUGGUAAUACACCCUUAAAACCGCCCACCUAGAGACC